UUCGUUUCCUAAUUCCAAUAUAAGUUUUUAGUUCAACCCCAUCUCUCAUCAAUCCGUAUUUUUAUCGAACAGAAUUAGUACACCUGAACUUCAACUGGUUGUUGUGCAAAAUAUUUUUAUUAAUAUGACAGAAGCACCACCUGCUAAGGCAAAGCUGAAAAAGGAAGUUUAUAACUUUGGGUGUUGGACUUUAACUGCUUCUGAGAGCCACAUUCUAGAAUCUGAAGGACAUGACAGAGAAUGCUACGAAAAGGAAUUAACUCUGCCACAGUUGCCAGAAAUGGUAUUUGCUGACAAUAUUCUCAGACUGGAACAUAAUGAUGGCUUUGGAUUAGAAUUUAAUGCUUUGGAUGCUUUAAAGUGCGUCGAUGCUGAACACGAUCUGCUUCAAGUUGCUGCAUCCCAAGUUUGGAAGAAUGCCAGAUCUGAUUGUGAAUACAUCAAACAAGCACUGAAACCUUUUGAUUGGACAUUCACUACAGAUUACAAAGGAUCACUUUUCUCAAAAGACAGUAAUUUAGCAAUUAGUGUGAUACCAACAACGGAACGAAUCAAUCUGGAGAAACUAAAACAGCGUGAAAAGAUCUUGUUCUAUCAGGAUAUCCUGUUAUUCGAAGAUGAACUUGCCGAUAAUGGUGCUUCUAAAUUGAGUGUGAAAAUACGUGUGAUGCCGUCUGGUGUGUUUAUAUUAUUGCGAUUCUUCUUGCGUGUUGACAAUGUGUUGGUCCGGAUAAAUGAUACUCGACUCUACCACGAGGCUGGAACCGAUUUUCUUCUUCGAGAAUACACAAGCCGAGAUAAUGAAGUGUGUGAUAUCAAAGUGCCACCAUUUGUACUUAAUGACCCUAACGAGGUAUGCCACUACCUGACGAAGAGAACCGAAUUCUUUGAGAAACUCCAUUUACCAAUUAGUAGCAAUCAAAGUCAGACGGAACCGAAAGUAGAAUCUAGAAAUACUGAAGCAGUACUAAGGUGAUGGCUAUUGCAAUUCGGGAAAGAACUGUGAAACGAGAGGUUUCGCUUGUCCGAGCAGGAAAUUCUAUACAUGUUGUGAAACAAACAAUAAUUUAACAUUGGUUGACCUGAGUUCCUAUCAGCAUUCUUUACCGAGCGGGGCAAAUGUGUAUAUAGUCAUACAUACAUACAUACAUACAUACAUAUAUGUAUGAAUACACAUACAUGCACACACACGCAUAUUUUUUAAUAUUUUAAUUUUUUAUUUAUGUGUGUUUGUAUAUAUGUGUAAGUGCAUGCAUAUAUGAAUAUAUAUGUGUGUCUACAUAAGUAAGUGUGUAUAUAUUUAUGUUUGUGUGCAUAGAUAUACAUGUAUUUGUAUAUACAUACACAUAUAUUUAUAUGCAGACAUAUGCUUAUGUGUGUGUGUGUAUAUAUAUAUAAUCAUAUAUAUUCAUGUGUGAUUGUGUGUGUGUGUCUGCAGUUGUGUAUAUACUAUCAUCAUACUUGUAUUUCAUUAUCAUCAGGAUCAUUUCAGUUUUUGUAAUGUUUUUACAGUUGCAAAAUAAACCACAAAUAAAGAAAGAAAUAAAGAAAAAUUGUUUCUCAAAGUA